CUUUGCGCGAACGGAUCGUUUUUAUUUCGGGGGUGAAGAAGCACACACACGGGCUUUGCUUUUCUACUUUUCUGAUCGUUGCUCAGCUUGGCUCAGUUUGGCCUGGCGGCGUACUACAUUUCAGGCGUCGUCGUCGUUCUGUUUCUUUCCUCAAAAAUUAACGCGAUCUAAUCCUGACUCCGUCUGUCCGUCUGCCUGCAGUUGCUACAUUCUGGAUAUCUAAGCUCGCGUACGCUCAUACGGAUCUUAGAUUUCGCGGAGUUCGGUAUCGCGUUAAGCUGCUCGUCUGGCGGAAUCGCGCGUUUGUCAUUCGGUGGUGAGCCUCCUCGAAUUUAGGACGUGCUUCUCGUGGUCCAAUUUUUUGGUGGAGUUCUUGCGCUGAGGAUUAUUUUUUCGGAUUUUGGAAAUUGCCAUCAAAAACAGAACCGUUUAUUGAUUUUUUAUUAAAAAAAAAAAAAGAUCGAAAAUUUGUUGAAAAGUGUUGUUCUGGAAGCGUAAGAAUAUGAUCCUACAGUUGAUCGAUUCGUUUUCGAGAUUGUCAGGAUUCGUAGUUAACUUCCGCUGGAAGUGAAAGUGGUCGACGUGAUUCUGAAAUUUAUUGAAUGUACCUUCGUAUUUAACAUUGAGCGGAGAAGAGGAAUUAUUUGGAAAUUAUUUGAUAUUGGUCAACCAAGUGUUACAAUUAAAAAAAAGUUUCAACUCAAAAAGUGAUUUUAAAUUUUUUACAAAAAUAUUUGAAUGAUAACAAAAAUGUGAAGUUGGUGAAAAAUAAUUUGAAAAGUUUCAUGUGAAAAUAAGCAAAAAUUUUAUGUGAAAAUAUUUAACAAAAUUAUUUCUAAAACCUCAACUAGUCCCGGAUACUAAAAGGAAAUUAAUGAUUUGGAAUAGUGAAUCAUCUUGACAUUCACAAGCACCACCGAGCAUCCAGUUGUUGAAAAUCGAUUUUGUGGGAUUUGCAGAAGACUUGUUAAACUCUUAUUUUGAAAUAAUUGCCGUCGAUCAAAAGAUAUUUCGUCAACUGAUAGUAACCCGAUAGUGUGCUCCAUGCAAAAGAUUGUGGAAAUUAUACACCCCUCAAUACGAAUCCAUCAGCUUCCGGGCUGAGGAAGGUGGCUUGAACCGGAAGCCUUGACCGCGGAUCCAAGUGUGCUGUGCUGGCGAGUCGAACCACCCAAACAGAAAAAAAAGCCAAAAGCCAAACGCAGCAAGCCGCAAGGGAUGGGAUUGCACACCAACUACUUCAAAGUGGGACAAAAUGCUAGCAAUCAGCUGUUCGGCCUGCCGACACGUGGCUCAUCGGGUGGCCCAACGCCGCUAUCGAUGCUUAUUUCGCAGGGAGCGAAGUUCAACAACAAUCGGAUAGCAGUGAUUAUAUUCGGGAUUGCUACCCUCAUCACCGGUGUGAUAUUAUCUUCUGUUCCUUGGUUAAAUUUUUUCAUUAUGAAGAACCUGCGGCUAUGGAACGGCACGAUCAGCUUCCACUACUGGCAGCGGCCGGGUGUUACUAGGUUAACUAAGGUGUACAUAUUUAACGUUACGAAUCCGGAGGGAUUUCUCGCCGGUGAAAAGCCAAAACUAGUUGAAGUAGGACCAUUUGUUUAUAGACUGGUGUUUGGGUACGACGACACGUUGGUGGCACUAGCACAUCGCUUUUACCCUCGAAACAAACGGCCAAUGGCUCAGAUGGGUCUGCUCAACGGGCGCAAUGGGACAUUGGCCGAAUAUGCAACGAUGCACACUGGACACGCCGGUAUGGACAAGUUCGGUUAUUUCGAUAGGCUCAACGGACUGGAUCAUCUGCCAAACUGGGAACAGGAACCAUGCACCAGCAUCGAAGCGUCGGAGGGUUCAUUCUUCCCACCUCGUGAGGUCACCAACUCCGAUGUGGUCCACAUCUACGAUAAGGAUCUGUGCCGAGCGCUGCCCCUGGUCUACCGACAUCCGGUCGAGAAAGAUGGAAUUUCCGCUGAUCUGUACACCCUAGCUGAGGACGCCUAUGGUCCAGCAAACGAAAACAAUACCUGCUAUGAUGAUAAACACUACAAACGGUACCAAGGACUUCAGAACAUCAGCCCAUGCCAAUACGGGGCUCCGGUUUACAUCUCGAAUCCACACUUUUUCCAAUCUGAUCCUCAGCUACUGGAUGCGGUUGAAGGUCUCAACCCACAGCAGGACAUUCAUCAGACAUUCUUCAAAAUUCAACCGAAAUUGGGAGUUCCCCUGGAGGGACAGGUUCGGGUUCAGCUCAAUCUACUAGUCGAAAAAGCACCAAAUGUGAUGGCAACCAAAGACUUCCGGGAUUUUGUGUUCCCUAUCAUGUGGCUUGAAGAGGGUGUUAGUGAACUGACGCCGCCAAUCCGGCGGUGGAUCUACCUUGCCACCGUGUUUGCCCCCACGGCUCAACCAAUACUGUCCUACGGUGCCAUUCUGACGGGAACGUUCGCACUGAUCUAUGUGUUUGUGAAGGCGUACAAGAACUUCGUCUUCACUUCGGAUCCCUCGACGGAGUUCCUGGAAAUGGGUCGCCAAACGGUGCGCACCGGUGGAAACAUAAUCAUCAACGGCCAGCACCGGAUUCUGCUCGGCAGAGACAGCUACAUUCUGCUGAAAAACAACACCGAUCAUCACCAUAACAGCAUAACCACUAAUAGCAAUAACAACAACAAUGACGUCAGUAAUCACAACCUUAAUCUUAGCCAGCACGCAAAAGACCAAAGUCAGAGCCUGCUUAGCAGACAAACGGACUCACCUGCUUAGGGUCAGCGUCGGGAGAUGUACUUUCCUUUAAGCUGUUAUUAAUAUUAUUUCUAAUUUAGGGUCUUUUAAAGUAUUUCUCAAAAGGACGAUUUUUUGUCCAGCUUAAUUUAACUUAUAUACGUUUGGAUAGAAAAAAAAAGCGGUGAUAGACUGUGUUUUAUUAUUUCUGAGUGUUUCAAGUUUUUAUUUACAUUCGUUAUUUGUUCAGAUCAAAAUCUCUUCAUUUGCCAAGCUUUUGAAAUCACUAUUACAGUGUUUGUUGUAAGAUGCUCAUCCAUUCCAAAACGUCACCAAUUGCUCAAUGUUAAACUAGUGAGAAACGAAGAAUAGCUAAUUGAAAUUAUACAAAAAUAAACAAAGCAAAACUUUUAAACCUAGUUUAAAGUUCAAAUCAUCCUGUGGAAGGAUUUAAAACUCGAUUACCUGCAAUUUCAUUCCCAUUUAGUGAUGUAUGUAAAUAUAAUGUUAAAAACCCUCUCAAAUACCUCCCACGUAGACCAGUAAGAAAAGAUAAAAAAAAAAACUAUGUUAGCUAAUAAUAAAUUGUUGUAGUGAGGAUUGUUGAAUGAAACAUAAAAAAAAACUGUGCUAGUUUUGUAAGUUCCCAAACACUUUGUAAAUAUUACCUUGUAAAUAAUCAGUUGCCCACAACAACGUCAAGAACAGUUCCAAUCCUA